AUGAAAGUCUUCACUGGAGAUAGUAUUGGUCUUUUAAAAGGGAUAUGUUUGGAAAAGAAGAGGGUAGUGUCUACCUGGAGGAACUUGAAUCGUCAGAAAGCCAUUGAAAAAUUAUCUUGGGGAAACGUUAACGAACAAAAAGAAAUUUUAGUUGCCACAUCAGACAAAACGGUUGAAAUAAUUGACGUCGAAGAUGGUAAUGUAGUUUCAACUUUGAAAGAUUAUACACAUAAUGGAAACUUUAUAUCUAUAGAGGGAAUAGAAAGUUACAUUGUUACAGCCUCAAGUGAUGGUGUUAUCCGCUAUGUAAACUAUGCUCCUGACGAAAGCAAGGAAACUUGUAAAAAAAAUUUUAAUGCCUCGGUGUCUUGUGUGCAUACCAGUCCGGCUAAUAAAUCUAUUAUUGCCAUAGGAGGUAGGGAGUUUGAUCUUCAUCUAUACGACCUAACUUCUGAUAAGCCAUUAUUUAAAGCGAAAAACAUCUCUAACGAUUCGGUGGAUUUAAGAUGUCCUGUUUGGGUAAAUCGGUUAAUUUUUUUAAAUGAUUCUGGUUAUCAUGUGGCUGUAGGCACAGGAUAUCAUGAAAUCCGAAGGUAUGAUACACGCGCUCAGAGGAAGCCUGUGCAACGCGUAAACUUUGGAGAUCUCCCCAUUACGGCUAUUUCUAAGCUAUCUGAAGAUAAAAUCAUCGCUGGUAACAGCGGAGGCUACAUGAGAACUGUUGAAUUUCGGUCAAAAUCAAAAGUGCUAUUAACAACAAGAUUUAGAGGUUCUUUGGGAUCAAUUCGUGCUAUAGCAAAGCAUCCCGAGCUCCCUUACGUAGUCUCCGCAGGAUUAGAUCGUCACUUGAGCUUAUAUAGUCAAGCGAACGGACGCCCUUUAGAAAGAAUUUACUUGAAGCAAAGAUUGAACGAUAUUCUGUUUAGUAGUGAAGGCCGGCUUUUAGUUGAAAGCAAUGGUGGACCAGAAGAACUUUUACAGAAAACUUUUGAGGAAGAAGAGAGAGAGGAGCUAUGGAAUUCUAUGGAAAAAUUAGUUGACGCAGCACAAGCUUAGCUAUUUUAGUGCAGGCGCUAUAAUAUUACUACUUCACUAAUUUCUUUUAUAUAGAAAUUGUUUAAAGCAAGCUAACUG